UAUCCAAAUAUACAUUUGUACAGAAAACCAGUGUGACAUGUAAUCUAGUAGACAGGACACUUCUUCAAUGACAGCAGCUAGUCAACCACCUCGAUAGCAUGCAACUGACAUUACAUUGUCAAGACUGGCGUUAAGUACUGAAUUAGGUCUUCUUCAAUAACAGCAGCUAGUCAACCACCUCGAUAGCAACUGACAUUACAUUGUCAAGACUGGCGUUGUGUGCGCCAUGCUCUACCAACUGAACUACAGGAAACUAUUCUCACCUCAUGUAUCCUCAUUUAUUCAUAUGUAGCUACAGGUCUGCAUUCAUAAUGUACAUAUUCAUAUGUAGCUAUAGGUCUGCAUUCAUAAUGUACAUAUUCAUAUGUAGCUAUAGGUCUGCAUUAAACUAUUCUAACAGUAUAUAUUCAUAAUGUACAUAUUCAUAUGUAGCUACACAUCUGCAUAGACGAAAGUAUUGGCUGUAAGAAGUCAGACAAAACAUAUUUGCUCAUCUGUAAAUAAAUAAACAAUGUCGUGAAUAUUUUUCUAAACUGCGUUACCCAUUCCAGUCAGCUGACGGCGAUAUGCGACCUUCAGAUGGUGACGUCAUAUCUAGUGGACCAACACGACACCGGAAGCUGUUUCAACAACACGGAUACUGACUCAUUCAACCAUCUCUUUAGCCUUGUAGCCAACAUACAACCGAAAAUAAGCUCUUUCGACCAUUUUUCUGUAUAUUGAUCUCGGUAUUUUUUAACACAAUACUCUUUACGUAUCUACUAUUUAACAUAAAGUAAUUUGCUUGUUAAAUGUGUUGAUUAUACCGAGUCAAGCACUAAGCUUAUCGUUAAUGCUAGCUAGCCCGACCAUGAACUCACUGAACGACUACCCUCUUGUUAAAGAAGAGGAGGUCUGCUGGACGGAGAAAGAAGCUCUGGGGCUGAACAUUGUCCUGAAAGAAGAGAAAGAACAUUUUAGAGUGAAAGAGGAAGAGGAGGCUGUAACAUUGAACAAAGAAGAGGAUGUUCUUUUGGGAGAUGAAGGAAAGGAAGAGGAGACUGAAGAUCUGAUUAACACCAGAGAGAGACCAGACUCUCACUCUGACAGCGGGAAGAGUCCUUCAGGGGAACCAGACCCAGUGACACCCAAACCAGCGAGACAACACCACUGCUCCUACUGUGAAAAGAGAUUCUCCCUCUCAGGGGACCUAAAACGGCAUGAGAAAAAACACACAGGAGAAAAGCCUUUUAAAUGUUCCCAGUGUGAAAAGAGUUUCGCCUGGUUAAGGAGCCUGAAGAAGCAUGAGAAGAUACACGCAGGGGAAAAGCCUUUCCAAUACCAAGGGACCAGCCAACCUUUUGAUACAGGAUGCAGUGGAGAGAGACCAGACUCUCACUCUGACAGCGGGAAGAGUCCUUCAGGGGAACCAGACCCAGAGACGUCCAAACCAGCGAGACCACACCACUGCUCCUACUGUGGAAAAAGUUUUACCCGAUUACUACACCUGAAAUCACAUGAGAGAAUACAUACAGGAGAAAAGCCCAACCACUGUUCCCAGUGUGAAAAGAGUUUUAGGUGGUUAACGACUCUGAAACUCCAUGAGAGGACACACACACACGAAAAGCUCUACCACUGCUCCCUGUGUGGAAUGAGUUUUACCAAGUUAGGGGCCCUGAAUGUGCACGACAGGACACACAUAGGAGGGGAUAAGCCCUACCGUUGCUCCCUGUGUGGACAGAGAUUUAACCGGUUAAGGCAUCUGAAUAAGCAUGAAAGAAUACACACACAGGAGGAGAAGACAUACCACUGCUCUAAUUGUGGAAAGACAUUUUCCCAGUCAGAGGACCUGAAAACACAUGAGAGAAUAGAGAGGCUGUGUUCUGACUUGUGUUUUUGACCUGAGAAUUUAUUUUUUAUUUUUUUCUGCCAAAUGAAAUCAUUAUUGAAAUAGACCUACUUUUUUGUCUUAGUUUUCAUCUGGAGACUGACAUGACUCUCCUGUGAGGAUCCAAGGGUUUCUAACAUACUCUGUUACACGGAAUCAUGGCUCUCUCUCUCCAGAUGUACUGUUGCCAUGACUCCUGUGAGGAUCCGAGGAUCAGGUUACAGUGGAUCAGCGUCCAAUAGAGGGAGGGAUAUGGGGGUUUUAUGACACCUCACCAUCGAUUGUAAAUUGUAGGCAGCAGACUAUUCCUUUUGGGGUCUAAUUUAGGCGACUGGAAUGUCUCUUUGUUACCGAGAGAUUCUUAGACGACCCAAAAAACUUCAACAUCAAACAAUGGACACUGGGACAAUAUAUUCCAACAUCCGAAUGUUGGGAACGAUGAGAGAUGGAAAAUGUAAUGUCUAUUUUGUGAUGUCAUUAAAAUUGUUAUAAAUAGGUUUUAAUGAAAGCAUUAACUUCAAGAGCUUUCGCACUGUGUAUAUCAGGUUUACAUUCUUUACGUUGUGUGGAAAAUAUCAAGGAUAAAGAGAAUGUUUUUGUGAUGAUAGGAUUGUGAUUUUAGUACUCUAACGAGAUAGUAAUUCUGAUACCUUGCCUCGUAACUAGCCACGCCCCAGGGAGCCCGGGUCAGAAUGACGAAAAAUGCCUCCGUUUUUCUCCGGUAUAAAAAUAUUGAGUUAAGAAUGAUCAUAUCAGACUAGGAGGACCACGAGCUGUAGCUGAGGUCUACGAUUAGUCACGACCCCCCCCCAGCGCAAAACACGAAGAAGACAAUGGAACCUCUUAACAAUCGAUGCUACGGUUAAUUAGCUGUUCUUAGUGUCCACCACUCUGGGAUCACCGACAUGGCUGAUUAGCCGUCCUCAGGACACCACUCUUCCAGAUUGAGUGCAAAGUAAUCAGACAACUACGAAGAAGGACAUUGUGACAUUUUGUGGACAAAUCAGAGCCUUACACCUGAGAAUGACCGGAGAAGGCCAGCUGAAAUAAGAAGCAACCUCCUCAUCAAGUGGGAACCCGGCCCACGAAGGGCCCAACAGAGAGAAGGCCCAACUGAACCCUCCUCAUCAAGCGGGAACCCGGCCCACGAAGGGCCCAACAGUGAUACCCGACAGAGACCUUCAGCGCGUAACUACAUGCGUUACUUCUUACCCAGAAUAGCGGCAGUUUGGGGCAAGAUAUUAAGGGCUAUACUGUGGGCGUAGUUCCCAAAUGUAUCCAAGUGUUGCGUCUCUUUCUUUCUCUAACUCUCCAUCUUGUAACAAGUGUCAUAUUGUGUUAGUCCGCUAGGGACUUGUUGUCGUCGUAUUAAGUUUCCAAUCAAUAACCUAUACCAUGUUUGUGUAUCCUAUGUUAUCAUUUCGUUUGUUAGUAAAUAAAUAAUCAAAUCCA